UGUGUUAUUGCACGCGCAGUGAGUGCCGCUGUCAUGUGAUAGCUGCUGCUGUUCCCACUCCGAGGCUCUGAGCGGCGAGCUGUUGUCAGAAGCGAACUUUAGUCUCUGAUCCCCUUUUAAUGAAGUCCAAAUAAACCCCAAGCCAAAUUGUAUGUUUGCUGGAGCCGACAAACACGGCUGCUUUUUGCGGGUUAACCGGGAAGCCGGAGUGUAGCGGACGCUGCCAUGGGCUGUUGUUACAGCAGCGACAACGAGACAGCAGACCAGGAUAAUGAACGCAAGCCGCUAAUAACCCACCCGAACCCUGUAAGCAAACCCCCAAAUGGUACAGACUGGAUCACUCCUACGGUCCCCUCAGCCCGAACAGAUGAACAGGCUCUCCUUACAUCCAUCCUCACCAAAACCGCACAGAACAUCAUCGAUGUGUCAGCAGCUGACUCUGUCAUGAUGGAGCAGCAUGAAUAUAUGGACAAAGCUCGGCAAUACAGUACAAAACUUGCUGUAUUGAGCAGCAGUAUGCCCCAGAAGAAAGCCUUGGCUCUCCCCUCCCUCACCAGCCAACCCCACCAAGUGCUCGCCAGUGACCUGGUGCCAUACUCGGAUGUUCAGCAGGUAUCCAAGAUAGCGGCGUAUGCCUACAGUGCAAUCUCUCAAAUCAAAGUGGAUGCUAAAGAAGAACUAGUGGUCCAGUUUGCCAUUCCUUAAUCCUACAACUCGAGCCUUUGUGUCGCUCUACCCAUCCUGUGUGUCUGUCCCUGUCACUCAUGCAUCCUCACCCUUCUCUAGCCUAACUAUUAAGUUGUUUUGCGCUUCUUGGCGAUGGCUCUAAAUGCAACGAAGCAACACAAUGAACAUAUUUUCACAGUGUACAAAAUGGUAGCUCAGUGAGAAGUUAGUCUGCCAUAUAAAACCAAUAGAUCAGUCAAUGCACAUUUACUAGGCUAUCCAUGCUUUACAACUUUAGCCACAAAAAAAUGUAAAGGCCAUUAAUGGGUCCUGCGAGCAAUUUUUUUUUUUUAAACAACCAGGAAAAUAUUUUUUGAUACCGACAUAAAGAGGAAUAUAACAUACAAAAGGUAACUUUUUUUCCUUUUUUUUUAAACAACCAUUAUUUUUUUUAUUUUUUUUUUUAAUCUACAUAAAGAGGAAUAUUACAUACAAUAAGUAACAAGUGUUAGUGAUAACCAUUUCCUCUUGAAUGUAUUUCUCCGUACAUUCAUUUGUGAGGGGAAAUGACUGGCCAGAUUUCUUUCCACUAGUGAGAAUGCAAUAUUUGUCACUGCCGAUAUAGAUUCUAUUCCCAUAAUGCUUGUAUAUCACUGGAGGCCUGAGGUCCUGGGAGGGUGUGUCUAUGCAGGGUGUAAGGGCAGAGGUGUAUUUUUUUUCUUUGCCUUUGUUCGGAAUUUUCUGGUAAAUUCUGGAGACAAGACAAGGUGUUUCUGUAGAAAGUUCACAGUUUGCUGCGAUUUAGGAUGAGGUCAACCGUUUUUAUGAAAACCAACAACACUUGAGGGCUUUGUCAGCUUUCAAAGUUUUCGCUGCCGAUUGUAAUGAGUGAUUUUGUCUGUAUUAAUCAAAAACUAACCAUUGUAGCAGUGUGGGAAGCGCAUUAAAAAUCCAUUGUACCACAAAAGAUCAAAGGAUUCAAGAGCUUUUUGAGAUUAUUUAUUUCAUGUCUUCAAACAUACCCUGUUUCACAGGAAGACGCAAAGAGCGGUGAGAUGCUCUAAAGGGAUCUCGUGUAGGGCUUAUAUAUUAGCCACACGUGCUGAGCUUUUUGCAAUGGGUUUUUGGCAUUUUUUCUUCCAGUUUUUGUUCUGUUUUUCUGAUAUGUAAUAGUACCUGAGAUAUAUUUGUAAUUAGGCAAGUACCCCAAAAAGUUGAACCUAUUUUUGUUUAUUAAUUAAAAACUUUCAACAGCUGUGUCUCAUGGA